GCUCACGCGGGGCCCCGCCCGCCAUCGUCUCCACUGUCGACGGCGACGCCCCUUUUCGACACCACCCCCCAUCAAUGGCUCCCUCCCCAUCCUUCUAGAACCAGGCCCCGCCCACCACCGGCAGUGUAUCGGGUUCGCCUUCCUUCCUUCCUUCCUUCCUUCCUCCCCCUGCCCGCACCGUCCCAUCGCCCGCUCGCUUUCCGGCUCCACCUUUCUCUCGCUCGCUCGCUCGCUCGGCGGUGGCGGGGGGAGAAAGUUGGGGCGCACGGGGAAAAGGAGAGGCCUUUUGUCAGAUAUACUUUCUACUACCGCCGGCCGCUUCCGAUUCCCCAUCCGUCCUUCUCUUUCUUUCUUCCUCUCCCUCUCUCCCUCGCUCUAGAAGCAGCAGAAGCAGAGGUCAGGGGAGGAGGUUCUGAUUCGGGCGCGAGCGCAGUCCGCCGUGGUUCCGUCCGGCCGAUCGAUCGAUUGCUUGGGUUCUCUCACCGACCGGCCGGCUGCUCCAUCCCCGGCGGCGGCUCGAUUUGAGGCCCGCUCGAUCCUGCCCUGCCCUGCCCAUGGGGAACUGCUGGGGCGCCAAGAUCAGCUCCGACACCUCCUCCUCCUCAUCCUCCUCCCCCUCAGGGGCAAAUUCCAGGUAUGCUAGCAGGAACGGGGCGGCCUUGAGCAGCUCCAGCAGCUAUGCCUCGGCGGCGUCAGUGCAACGGAGCGAGGGUGAGAUUCUGGAGUCAGCGAACGUCAAGGCCUUUACCUUCAAUGAGCUAAGGACCGCCACGAGAAACUUCCGGCCGGACAGCGUGCUAGGCGAGGGAGGGUUUGGGUCAGUCUUCAAGGGGUGGAUCGAUGAGAAGACCCUCGCCCCAACUAAACCGGGCACCGGGAUGGUCAUUGCUGUGAAGAAGCUUAACCAGGAAAGCUAUCAGGGCCAUAGGGAAUGGCUGGCUGAAGUGAAUUACCUUGGACAACUAUCGCACCCGAAUCUUGUAAAGCUUGUCGGGUACUGUGUCGAAGACGAACAGCGGCUUCUCGUCUAUGAGUUCAUGCCUCGUGGGAGUUUAGAGAAUCAUCUCUUCAGGAGGAGUACACAUUUCCAGCCGCUCUCUUGGAACCUCCGGAUGAAAAUUGCCCAUGGAGCAGCAAAAGGGCUCGCGUUUCUCCACAGUGACAAGGCCAAAGUCAUCUACCGCGAUUUCAAAACCUCUAAUAUCCUCCUAGAUGCGAACUACGACGCAAAGCUCUCAGAUUUCGGCCUGGCGAAGGACGGACCAACCGGUGACAAGAGCCAUGUGUCCACAAGGGUGAUGGGGACAUAUGGGUAUGCUGCACCAGAAUACCUUGCAACAGGCCACCUGACCACGAAGAGCGACGUGUACAGCUUCGGCGUGGUCCUCCUGGAGAUGCUGUCGGGGCGGCGUGCGGUGGACAAGAACCAGCCGACCGGCGAGCACAACCUGGUGGAGUGGGCGCGACCGUACCUGACGAGCAAGCGGCGCAUCUUCCGCGUGCUGGACCCCCGUCUGGGCGGGCAGUACUCCCUCGCCAAGGCCCAGAAGGCAGCGUCACUGGCGCUUCAAUGCCUCUCAGCGGACUCGAGGCACAGGCCGAGCAUGGAGCAGGUCGUCGUGGCGCUGGAGCAGCUCCACGACGCCAAGGAGGGAGGGAACAGCCCUCACCCGCAGCUGCAAAGGAAGCCGAGCAGCAGCCGGAGCAUGACCGGCUCGAGACCGUCGUCGACCAAAGGGAGCAACAACAGGCCUGCUUCGCUGAGGCCGGCUUGAUCGGUCCUGCCAGAGAGAUCCGUUGAGUUCAGGUGUAAUGUAUGUAUGGGACAAUAGGGUUUUAGAGGCUAUCUGCGACGAGGCAUCGGAUUUGUGAAUGUUUUGUGGCUGUGAUUUAGGUCUAUACGUUUGCAGGUUCUAGUGUUGGUAUGUACAGCUUGUAUCUAUCCAGUUUGUAGCUAGUCUGUAUCUAGUGCCUUUUGUAGUACAUGCUUGGUCGCUUUGGUUCUGACUUAAGGUCCAGAGGUUUUGUUUA